AUGGACCCAGAGCAGGCCGCUUUCGCCUCCCAAUACCCUUCCGCCUCCGCCUACGGUUUCGAUAUCGAUAUGAUGAAGACUGUUCAGCGACCCAUUGACACGGACGUGGGCCCUGGCUCGAAAAAGGCACGCUGGUCGCCCAACUCGUUCCCCGGGAACGGCAACGGUGCUGCUCAGAACGGUGCCCUGCCCAGCGCGGGCGCGACCUCGCCGAGGGACAACCUGAACCUGUUCGCCAACUACGGUUACGGUCCUCAGGCCGCCGCGGCACUUGCCGCUGCAUCUCCCUCGUCUUUCGCGCCGCCGGCUUCUCCCCUGUACUCGACGUCCCUCCAGACGCCGUCUACGCCGAUCAACCCGCAGAUGAGCCCCAACACCGCGACUGCAUUCGCUGCUGCCCAGCAAGCUGCUCAGGCUCAGGCGCAGAGCCCGACCCAGGCGAACGGCCAGAACAACUUCGCGUUCGGCAACUUCAACAUGCUCGGCAUGGGCAUGCCCGGUAUGCUCAACGGCUUCCCUUACCAGGCUGGCCAGAUGUCCCUCAACACGCGCCUGCCUAACCUCAACGGUCUCGCCUCGCCCCUCACGCCUUCGCUUGGAGGCUACAGCGGCGCCGCUCUCGCUGCUGCUCUUGGCGCUAACGGCGCGGCAACCGGUCGCACGGUCUAUGUCGGCAACCUGCCCGCAUCUGCUUCCGUCGACGAGCUUCUGAACCUCGUCCACUUCGGUCCCCUCGAGAGCGUUCGCAUUCUCCCGGAGAAGUCCUGUGUCUUCAUUUCCUUCCUUGACGCCCAGACUGCUGCCGCCUUCCACGCGGACGCCACGAUCAAGAAGCUCGCUCUCCACAACCAGGAGCUUAAGAUCGGAUGGGGAAAGCCCUCGCCCGUCCCCUCGCAGGUCGCUCUCGCUAUUUCGCAGAGCAACGCUAGCCGUAACGUCUACCUCGGCGGCCUCGACGAGAACGUUACCGAGGAACAACUCCGCGAUGAUCUCUCCCGCUUCGGUCUCAUUGACCAGGUCAAGAUCGUCCGCGACAAGGCUAUCGGCUUCGUCCACUUCCUGUCCAUUUCCGUCGCUACGAAGGUCGUGAACACGCUCCCCACCGAGCCCGCUUGGGCCGGCAAGCGUGUGAACUACGGCAAGGACCGCUGCGCGUACAUCCCUAAGAGCCAGCAGGCCGCCGCUCAGGCUGCCCAAGCCGCGGCUGCCCAGUCCCUCGUUGCACAGAGCGCUGCCCUCUCGCCGAUCAACACCAACCUGAACGGCGGCAUGUCUCCGUUCUCGCCUUUCACGCCCUUCUCUCCCGAGGGCAUGGCGCUCGGUGCUCAGGCGCUCAACCGCACGGUCUACCUCGGCAACAUCCACCCCGAGACUAGCCCCGAGGACCUCUGCAACGCCAUUCGCGGCGGUGUCCUCCAGAGCAUCCGCUACAUGCAAGACAAGCACAUCGCUUUCGUCACGUUCGUCGACCCGGCGGCCGCCUUCACCUUCUUCCAGGUCGCAAGCUACCAGGGUCUGACUCUCAAUAACCGCCGUCUCAAGAUCGGCUGGGGCAAGAACAGCGGUCCGCUCCCGCCCGCGCUCGCCCUUGCCGUUCACUCCGGUGCUACGCGCAACGUCUACGUUGGCAACAUCGAGGACUUCGAGGCGUUCUCUGAGGACCGCCUCAAGCGCGACUUCGGCGAGUAUGGCGACAUCGAGCUCGUCAACUUCCUCAAGGAGAAGAACUGCGCGUUCGUCAACUUCACGAACAUCUCCAACGCUAUCAAGGCCAUCGACGGCAUCAAGUCCAAGCCCGAUUAUGCCAACCUGCGCAUCGCGCACGGCAAGGACCGCUGCGCCAACCCGCCGCGCUCCGGUCCUCAGGGCGGUCGCGGCCGUUCGGCCGGUGGAGGUCCGACGCCCAUUGACCCGACUCCGAUCGACCCCGGCGUGCUCAACGCCGCCGCCAUUGCGGCUGAGGAGGGUAUGGCCGUCGACGAGGUGCCGGUCACGCCCGCGCAGGAGGUCGCCACUGAGGCGUAA